AUGAAGGUCAAAUUACCACUCGCGGAGCAUGGCUUUCCCACCUCUGGAGUUGUCAGAGCCGUGAUUGAAUGCGUUACUGCAGAUGUCUCGGACAUUGAGCAGUUCUACAACAUUACCUUUUCCGAGACACGAAUCAAUCGCUUGAAGGGCUAUUACCGCGAGAAGUUGACCGAGCUGAGAACUGUCGAAUAUCUGUUUCUGAAUGCAGAAGACCGGACCGACUAUAUACUACUGGAGAAAUACUUACAUCAACAACUCGAAAGCCUUGGAUCCUUGGAAACUUCACUCGAGGAAUUGAAGCCCCUCAUCGAGCCAUUUGCAUCUAAAUUGAUUGGGCUUAUCGAACGCAGGCAAAAGGUGGUACCAACUACAGGCAGAUAUGCAGCAGAUGUUCUUUCGGCUGUGUCUGAGGAUGUAGGAAAGAAACUUCGUACGAUCAGAGACAACAAACCUCAGACGAAAGAUCCUGCAGCUCGCUUUGCAGCCUUUCGCGCGGUCAAAUGCGUAGAGGAACUCACGGGGGCGGUGGAAGAAUGUAUGCUUUUCUACAAGGGAUAUGAUCCAGAUUUCACGUGGUGGACGUCUGCCCCUUUCCAAGAGGUGAUUCAGCAGUUGAACUCCUUCCAGACCGCUACGACGGCUACACUAGUCGAAACCCCUAAUGGCAGCCCUACCGAUGACAUAGUCGGUCAGCCAAUCGGACGGUCAGGUCUCCUGGCAGAUCUCGAUGCUCAAUUCAUCGCAUACAGUCCGGAAGAGCUGAUCGAAAUCGCUGAUAAAGAGUAUGCUUGGUGCGAGACUGAAAUGAUCAAAGCAUCCAAGGCACUAGGGUAUGGUCAAGACUGGAAAGCUGCACUUGAGCAUGUCAAGAAUCUGUACGUUGAACCUGGUCAGCAAACGCGUCUUGUCCACGAACUGUCUGAAGAGGCAGUAGCGUAUGUCAAACGACAUGACAUGGUUACAGUCCCACCUAUAGCCGAAGAAUGCUGGAGAACUCUCAUGAUGUCCCCCGAGCGACAAAAAGUCAACCCCUUCUUUCUUGGAGGAGAAUCUCUCAUUGUGUCAUAUCCGACUGACACAAUGUCGCAUGCAGACAAACUGAUGUCUAUGCGCGGAAACAACAGACCAAUGUCGAGAAGCACCGUCUUUCACGAACUGAUCCCUGGCCACCAUCUCCAGAUGCACAUGAUCGCGCGAUACAGAUCCUAUAGAAGUCUCUUCACCACACCCUUCUGGAUAGAGGGUUGGGCCUUUUACUGGGAGUUCAUUCUGUGGGAUCGUGGUUUUGCCAGCACUCCUGAAGAAAAGAUCGGUAUGCUUUUCUGGCGGAUGCACCGCUGUGCUCGCAUCGUCUUCAGUCUGAAAUUCCACAUGAAUCAGAUGACACCUCAGGAAUGUAUCGACUACUUGGUAGACAAAGUUGGGCAUGAAAGAGCCACCGCCGAAGGUGAAGUCAGACGAAGCUUCAAUGGUGAUUACAAUGCCCUAUAUCAAGCUGGGUAUAUGCUUGGAGCACUUCAGAUUUAUGCCUUGCGGAAGGAGAUGGUGGAAAAUGGCGAUCUCACGGAAAAGCAAUUUCAUGAUCGCGUGCUCAAGGAAGGAGAGAUGCCUAUUGAGAUUCUUAGAGCAUUGUUGCAAGACAAGAGACUGCAUCCAGGUCAUAAAGCAGCUUGGAGGUUCUAUGAUCUUUAG